GGAGCAUAAGAUUUAUAAAUCAACAAAAUUUCGAUUGAUUAAAACCAGUACACUAAAGCCAAAGGGACUCUUUUUUUAAUCUUUUUUAUACGUAUAGUGUAUAGGUUCCAGUCCCAGAAUGCUGAAGAAUCCGGAUGGGCGCCAGCGGCAGGUUAAGUUCCAAAUAGGAGAUGGCUUGGGGGCUAAUUCAAAACAGCCGGUGAACAACCCAUCGGAUACCCAAAAAACCCAUUGGAAUUGUAUCCCUAGGUCCAAACCUUUGAAAGUGGACGAAUACGAAGACUACCAGGAGCUGCAGAAGGUCUUCCAGAAAUUGGAUAUGGCCGACCAGAUCAUCCUUUACCGCGCCUACCGCCUGCUGCCCUCCGCCUGCUCCGCCCUGUGGCGCACCACCCGCAAACGCCUGGACUUUCGAACGCUCCACAAGAUACUCGACGUGGAGGGCCAGAACCACCUGCUCGUCAACAUGAUGGAUCACUUCAAGUACGUCUACUUCGUCGCCAAUAAACUGCAGGACAACCUCAAUACUUUGGAGAGAGCUGGAGUCAAGUCGCUAAAUUCCGUUCAACGUUGUGAACUUCUUCUCAUGGAUGGGGAAUCCGGAAAGGGAAUGGCCCAGUGGCCACUACAUGCUCUGCCAAAACUCAUACGAAACGUGCGCCGCCUAAGGGUCCACUGCAAUGUUCAGGUUCAUUUCAUCGAACAUUUGGAGCAUCUGGAACUGCUUGUGCUCUAUGGCGCCAUCUCGCAGACCGCACUCACAGGUGUCCUGGAACGGUGUCAGAAACUGACCAGGUUGUUCCUCAAAUUCGACUGCAACACUUUGAGCUUAAAGUCGAUCGAUUACUGUCCCAAACUGAGAGAUUUCUCACUCUGCGUGGGUCUCUUUGUCCGCCAAAGAGAACUGGUGAUAGGAUUGACCGAUCUUCGUCUGCUUGAGUUGACACACUGCCAAAAAGACAUUCACGUGACGCUAGAGUGCCUUGAAAUCGUAUUAUCCCAACGACCUGAUUCCGUAGAGCUAGUCCAGUUGGAUUGCAGCGGAUUCGGGGACCCCAACUGGAUGAAGGAGGUGGGUCUGGAUCGAUGUUCCCAAAUGCGGGGAUUAGUCCUGUCCAACUGUGACUUCUACGAUCGCGAGAUCUGCCAGCUGGCGCUGCCAAGAGUCCAGAACCAUAUCGCACUCAUUAGUUGCCACGACAUUAAGGAUUACCAGGUGCUGGAUAUGGUAAGACGGUGUCCCGGUCUCCACGAUAUCUACCUGAUCGACUGCCCCCAAUUGAGUUGGAAGGUGCUGCAGGGGAUUUACCGCAUCCGGAAAAGCGAAAAUCUCAAUUACCCCAUCACCGUGAUCCUCAGUCAGUGCACAGAACUCAGAGAGGUAUAUCAGAAAAUGUACUCCAACUACUGGUGCUUUAAGCUGCCCUACCUAAAGAUCAAGCGGAUCCAGAAUGACAGUCGACCAGUCGAGAAUAUCCAGGUUUUUUUCAAUAACAAAAACCUCGAAUGAACCAUUGUAUUUACUCUCAACUGUCAUGCAAAAGUGCAUCUAAACAUAUAUUGUUUUACUUUCGUAAGGGCCAGUAUUUAUAUAUUUAA